AAAUUGCAAUAUACAAAGAUAGAAGGUAACAGCGCGUGACAAGUUUCUUCUAGGUUUUUUCAAUUCUUAUUCAAUUCUAAAUCGAAGAAUAUAAAUGGAAUGAAAAGUUUGAGGAUACAACCCAGACAACGAUAAUGAACGAGAGUCUGCGAACUCGAUUGAAAACAGCGCUAUCGUUAUUUGAGAAUAAAUUGCCGUGCAAAUCGAAACUUAUUCCAAAACAGAUUCAGAGAAUACCAGCUAUUAAGAACAGAAGAACUGAGAUGAUGAGACGGUAUUGUAAGAAAAAGUGCCAUAAAAAUAUAAUAUUCGAAGUACGCGACGAAAAGGGAAAUAUUUUGGAAAGUGCGAACAAUAGUGGUGGUAUAUAUUCUAUGGUGCAAGGAAUAAUUAAGCCAUCGCCAUCCGUCGUGCGUACUACGCUUUAUAAGAAACAUUACAGAAAGAUUAAACUCGUAUGUCCAGGAAACUUGAAUGCAGACGUUCCAAUUAUCUGGCAGAUUGACGAUAAGAUAAUAAUUCCGUCUUACAUCGAAGAGCAAUCAAAUGGGAGAAUUCGGAUUAAUCCUCAGAUGCAUAUAAUAUUUCAAUCUUUAAAGUUUGAGGAUGCUAACAUAUAUAGUUGCUGGCAAAAUAAUGAACUCGCCGGUAUAAUAAAACUAAAUGUAACUGGAGAAAUAGAAUUUAAACUGAAUCAUCACGUUAUUUUAAUUGGCGCUAUCUGUAUAAUCAGUGUAUUUCUCGAAAUAUUCUGGAGAGCUUUUAAAGGUCGUAUGAGAUAUACAAUGCAUUAAUAAAAUUUGGAGUGUUCUGAUAUUAAAUAAAGUGUUAAUUUGAAAUAAUACGCGAUAUGUAUGUGUUUGUGUAUGUAGUAAAAAGAAUCUCAGAAAAAUAUUUGAAUAAAAUUACCAC